AUGUUUGGAAAUAUAUUUACACAUAGCAGUGUGUUGUUUUUCCUUCUUGUGCAAAGUGUAGCAGGUUUUCAUCAAACUUGCAACACAUGCGGUCGAAUAGAUUUCAACGUCGAACAGGGAGUGCAGGACAGAUUUUUGGAUGAUGGCCGAAAGCUGAUGACUAAGAUUGUUAAAAGCGACUCGGAAUGUUUCGUAGAAUGCUCGCUAGACUGCCGUUGCAUAUCGUUUAGUGUUUGCGAGAAUUCAUGUCAGUUGAAUGCUGGAAGUCGUAAGUUGGUGAAAAAUUCACUGCGCCAUAAAGCUGGGUGUAGUUACUACGAUUUUCCCCCGUUUGAGGUAAGUCUAUCAUCGUAUCGGAAAUUUGACGCAUGCAGGCGUUGUAUUGUAGGCGUUUCCAAACGUAUAUCCCUAGCUCUCUUUUCCCUUUUUUGACGCUAACAGAUGUGGGGAAAAUAGUCGAGCACACGAGCACUGCUUUCAGGAACUUUUGGAAAGGAACAGGAACUUAGAUUGAGGAUUUGCAACUUGAAAAUAUGAAGAAAAACAUAGCCUUUGACAAAACAUUUGACUCACAUGCAAUGGGUCUAUAGAUAUAGCAAUGGGUACUGAGAGGCAUUUUAUUUCUUAUGUUCAAAACACUGCUCGAUAUAUAGAGAGUAUUUAUGAGGACGAUGCAUGGCUAUAGGUUAUUCACAAAAAUAUUCUGCUCGACUGCAGGAAUUUUCUAUUGUCCGGUUGUGGUUACAGAUGGAAAGUUAUUUUUUCUACUCUUGAACGCUAAUCUACUUCCUAACACCAUGAUUUCAGUGCAUGUGAACAUACUAUAAUACUUUUAUUAAUAUAAUGUAUAAUAUAAUGUAUAAUAUAAUGUAUGAUAUAGUGUAUCUGAUGUAUUUUCAGAGUGCAUGUGGUUCCUCAUCCAGUCCACCAAGACUUUGCUGCUUGCCCUCAUCUUCACUGUGUUACAACAGGGCUACCUGUAUUGUCAACGUCACUGACACCACCAGACGAUUUCAAUGCAAGUGCCCGACUGGUUACUAUGGAAGCCAAUGUCAAAUCAAGAAUCCGAGAACAUGUUUGGAUUAUUGGACUGACGAAGUCAAACCGAUAUCCAGAAAGUACAUCAUUGUGGACUCGAAGGGAACAUUGUAUGAUGUCUUUUGCGAUUUCGACUCUGAGGAAGGCCUGGUGUGGACCCUCUUUGAAUCGUUUGACGUGGACAGUAUGGUGCACGUGAAUGAAAUACCGUUCACAAAGGACUGUCCUAAAAAUGAACAUGAUCUAAGUUGGAAACUUUCUCGUCUUCCCAAGUCGGUAAUGUCGGAAAUCUCGUCUCGUUCUACAUUUUGGAGGGCCACAUGUUCCUACUCUCUGUAUGGGGUUGAUUUUCUAGACUACGUCAGAGUGAGAUUAUCGAUAAUGAAUCCCUUAACGCACAAUAAUAAAUUUGGAAAGGAAAAAUGUUCAACUGUGGAUUACAUCGAUAUAAAGGGUACGAAUUGUGUAAAUUGCGCACAAAAAAUUUGGCAAAGUAGUAAUACGAUGCUCCGUCUCCGACCAAAGAGAAGUCGCCUUGAUAAAUGUAAUUUCGACACAUCAAAGGUCGAGCAUAGAUGUGACAACGGGACCUAUGCGCGACUUCUUGGCCAAUAUGACGUGUGUUCAGACCCGAAGUACCGAUGUAGCGAGAAAACUACGUCUACAACCGAAUUUUGGUUUGGUGCUGUAAAAGCGAAGUAUUAUAGGAACGAGCUUGAUGCAUUUUAA